AAGCGUCAACAUGUCAGGCCUGAACAGCGACCAGCUCCACCGCUCCACGCUAGCGAUAUAUGCGAGUCUGACGGAUCAGUUCAAUCCAAGCCUGCAGAAGUUAGUGUCUCUGGGGAACAGCUACAUCCAGGCUUUCCAUGCUCUUGCAGCCACUAGUGAAGCCUACUUCAGCUCUCUGGCUAAGAUAGGAGAGCAGGCCUUGCACACCCUGUCCUCACGGCCUAUCGGAGAUGUCCUGCUUCAGAUCUCUGAGCACCAGAGGAAGCUCACAUCAGAGCUGGAGGGAGUGUUUUACUGGUUCCAGCAUGAGGUCAUCCAGGAGAUGGACAACAACGUGAAGUUGGACAAGGACUACAUCUCAAACAGCAGGAGGUGCUAUGAGAUGGAGGUACGAAGCCAGGUGAGCGGUCUAGAGAGACAGUUGAGGAGAGGAGCCCAUCAGGACGGCAGUGAGUACAUCAGCUUCUUGAGAGAGAGUCAGCAAGAGGCGUUACGGGAGGAGGAGCGGAGGUAUCGCUUCCUGGCUGAGAAACACUGCGACCUCACCCAGUCCUUCAUCCUCCUCAUGAAUAAGACAGGGGUUCCUCUCCAGCAGACAGCUGAUGACUGGAAGGACCAGGUGGGCGCCACACGGGGCCCACGUGCUGGCUCCUCCCCUCACCUGGAGCAGGACAGCAAUGUGGGGAUGAGGGAGGAGGAGCGGUGGAGUCGCAGGGAGGACCAGCCUUUGGGAAGAGUGCCCUCUAGAGGUCCCUCCCCCCAGGGCAGUCGCUCCCGUGCUGGCUCGGUGGGGGACUCCCUGGGCCUGGGAGGAGGGAGAGUCAUGAGGGCUCUGGUGGCCCACCCUGCCUUGUCCAACCCCACCCUGCUGGCCUUUUCCAAGGGGGAGCUGAUCAAUGUGCUGGUCCCUGCGCCCAGGAACGGCUGGCUGUACGGCCGUGCUGAGAGCAGCCUCUGCCAGGGCUGGUUUCCGGCCACCUAUGUGCAGCCUCUGGAGGCUCCCAGGCAGCCCAGCUCCAGUAGCGGCUCCACCCUCAGAAGCAGUAGUAGCAUGAGCAACCUGCUUGACCACUCAGGAGGCAGCAACCAUGGAGGAGGCCCGCCCCCACCUCCACCCUUACCCAAUAGGCAGACAGAAAUGCGUCCAAUCACGCCCACCUCUGAACGAAGGGCAGAGUCACUCUUAAACAAGAAGAGACCUGAGAAGUCCGGACAUCCUCCAGAGCUCUUCCCCAAAGGCACCAACCCUUUUGCCACGGUCAAGCUGAAGCCGACAUCGACCAAUGAUAGAUCAGCCCCGAAACUCCGUCGGUGAUGGGUGAUGACCUCAUAACCUUGAGGAAGAGUGGUGAUAUUGUGAAGUUGAGACUAGCUUGGCGUCCCACACUACCCCAGAUAUAUCAUGACCUACAUAAACCACUUUGAUAGGAAUGGUUAAUGCAUUCAUUAUUUUAUAUGAAGAGGUACAUUUUGAUUUAUUGAUGAGAAACCAAUGCAUUGAUUGUUUUCUGGGGAUUAUAUUGUAAAUAUAAAUGUUUAAUAUUUAAGUUUUAUGUUUUUUAAAGUCUGUCUCAUACACUUUGUCAGAAUCAGGGAGAUUGUAUAAUAAUUGUUCUGUAAAAGUAGUUUGUGUUAAGAGUUAAAAUGAUCUUAAUAAGGCCUGCUGUAUAAUGUGUCCCCUUUCAUUUGAUCUGCCAUUCUUAAACCUACACCAUGUUAAAUGUUCUGUUCAAUGUUACACCAUGUAGGGACUGAGUUAGCUGUCUGUCAGGCAUGGUCACUGAAUACUGCCUGGCUGGCCAUGACCUUGUGAGUUAGCUGUCUGUCAGGCAUGGUCCCUGAAUACUGCCUGGCUGGCCAUGACCUUGUGAGUUAGCUGUCUGUCAGGCAUGGUCCCUGAAUACUGCCUGGCUGGCCAUGACCUUGUGAGUUAGCUGUCUGUCAGGCAUGGUCCCUGAAUACUGCCUGGCUGGCCAUGACCUUGUGACCUUGUGUCAAACACUACACAUAGUUGUGGGGGUAUUUGCUCAGAGGACCUGAGGGGUGCCAGCUUGUCCUGUUGGGGACACUUAACCCAGACUGCCCUUGGUGUGAUGCAGCCUGGCUGAUGGUACAGCAAUACACAGCCACA